CCAUGGAAACGGGAGAACAGCGUGCUAAUAGCUGUUAGCCAGCUAGCAAGGUGCUAAAAGGAGCUGUUCGUCCGCGGAAAUGAGUCGUACUCCUGAUGCAAGAGYCAGAGAUAAUCAGACGAGGAGGAUCCAGGAGAACAUCACCAAUGUGGAGAAACACUUUGGAGAGAUGUGCCAACUGUUUGCCGCCUACGCUCGCAAAACAGCCGGGCUGCGAGACAAAGCAGACCUCAUGGUCCGAGAAAUUGGCACCUAUGCCGACACCGAGACCCCAGAUCUCAAGAGGGGGAUGAAGCAGUUUGCUGACCACCUGGCCAAGAUUCAAGACUACCGUCAAGCUGAGGUGGAAAGACUGGAAGCCAAAGUCAUUGAGCCGUUAAAAAGCUACGGAGCUGUGGUGAAGCGUAAAAGGGAAGAUCUGAAAGCAACUCAAAGUGCCAGAGAGAGAGAAGCCAAACAGAUGACUCGGCUCGAGAGGACCAGACUCAGAAACCCUUCAGACAGACAGAUUAUUUCACAGGCUGAAAGUGAACUUCAGAGAGCCACCAUGGACGCCACACGGACCACCAAGCAACUGGAGGAGACCAUAGAUGAGUUUGAGAGGCAGAAGAUCCAGGACAUCAAGAAAGUCUUCGGUGAGUUUGUGACAGUGGAGAUGGCCUUCCAUGCCAAGGCGUUGGAGAUCUACACCWUGGCCUUCCAGAGCAUUCAAAGUGUGGAUGAAGACGCAGACCUGGAGGUGUUCAGGAGUUCCCUGCACCCACCUGACUACCUCUCACGGUUGGACAUCGUGCGAGCCAACUCCAAAACCUCUCUUGAUCAGACUGGGUCUUUUAUGAGCACAUCAGGGACCUUCCAGCAACAAAGAGCUUUCAGUCGCCAGACGAGGAGGGAGGAGGAGGAGGAGGAAGGGGAUGAUGGCGAGGAUGAAUCUGAAGAGGAGGAGGGCGACGAGGACGACGAGGAGGACACGGAUGAUGAACAUUAAAGUCUUGGAGCUAUUGUGUUCCUUUGUGCCCGUCAGAAAAAGGCAAACAAAAGGUGUAAUAACUGUUUUAUAAAAAAAGUUCUGAGUCAUUGCCAAAACCUUUUCACCCUUGUGAAACAGUAUUGUAGUGUUAAUGUUUGAUUAAAAAAUAAAAAGGUAUCUGCAUUAUGAACUACAACCGGUCGUUGUGUUUGGAAUAUUUUUAUAUCAAUCUCAAAAUGUGCAUCACAUUUCUAUGUUUUGUAUUGUUCAAGUAAAAUGUGACUCUAUACUAAUAAAAAGUACAUGCUGUACCCUCA